AUGACGCUCACUCACCAGGAAAUCCGCCUGCACAACAGUCGGCAUUCUUGCUGGGUCGUCAUACAUGGAGCUGUGUACGAUGUUACAGACUUCCUUGAGUCUCACCCUGGAGGAUCCCAAGUGAUUAUGCGAUGUGCGGGCAAAGACGCCACUGAUGACUUUGAUUCGGUUCAUGCGCCUGAGCUGUUGAGCGAAGCUCUCCCCAAAAGUGCAGUGCGAGGUCAUAUUGAUCCCGCCGAACUCAAGGCUCUUGGCCCAAAGCAAGACGACACAAUGCAAGCACAACAGGAUUUGAAUGCACCACCGUCUUUGCGCAGUUUAAUCAAUCUACAUGAUUUUGAACAAGUAGCGGAAAAGUUUCUACCUGCCAACGCCUGGGCCUAUUACUCGUCAGGGGCGGACGACGAAAUCAGCAAGCGCAAUAAUGCCCGCGCGUAUCAAAAGAUCGCGCUUCGCCCACGUAUUCUGCGCAAGAUCCCAAGCGUAGACACCACAACGUCAAUAUUGGGGCAUUCGGUCUCUCUUCCGGUGUAUAUCUCUCCGGUGGGAAUCGCCAAACUCGCCCACCCCGACGGUGAAUGUGCGCUCGCAUCUGCAGCAGGCAAACAGGGUCUUGUUCAAGUACUCGCAAAUGGAUCAAGCAUGCCUAUCGAGCGGGUGAUGCAGAGUCGUAGCUCGUCCGCUCAGCCUGUUUUCCAGCAGCUCUAUGUGAACAAAGACAUCCAAAAGUCCGUGGAUACAGUUCGUCGAGCUGAAAUGGCCGGGGCCAGCGCCAUUUGGAUUACAGUCGACUCGCCAGUGGUUGGAAAGCGAGAAAUGGAUGAGCGAUUGAACUUGAGUGUAACAGCCGCCGACAACGAUACACAGGGCCAAGGAGUAGCCAAGAUUAUGGCUAGUUCGAUAUCACCAUUCAUUGAUUGGGACAUUCUGACAUGGCUUCGUCAACAUACAAGGCUCCCCGUGGUGAUUAAGGGCAUACAGUGUGUUGAAGACGCAGUAGAGGCAUAUGAACAUGGUGUUCAAGGCAUUGUUCUCUCUAACCAUGGAGGACGUUCACAAGACACAGCACAAUCGCCACUCCUCACUCUUCUAGAAAUCAGGAAAUUUGCGCCUCAGUUGAUUGAAAGCAAAAUGCAAAUCUUCAUUGAUGGGGGCAUCCGACGAGGGACGGAUGUCCUCAAAGCCAUUGCACUCGGUGCAACUGCCGUUGGACUAGGUCGUCCAUUCCUGCAUGGCAUGUCAGCCGGGUAUGGAGAGAAGGGGGUGCUAAGAAUGCUUGACAUUCUACGACAGGAGAUAGAGACAAAUAUGGUCCUUCUGGGGGCGACUAGUCUCAAGGAGCUGAGGCCAGAGAUGGUAAAUACCAGUCGGCUUGAGAGGGAUCUUGUUGGCAGUGUGAAGCUAUGA